AUGAUCCUCCUGAUGGCUGCAAGUAGACAUGAAAAACCCUUACCACUCCUCCUGUCAUUGAAAAAAAAAAACGUUCUCUCUCUAUUUUCAUUCUCCCUCUUCUCUCACUCGUUCUUUUUUUUUUCACUGCCCUUUUUUCUCAGUCAUUCUCAUUUUUUCUUAUUCUCUUUACUUCCUUUUCAUUCAUUCAAUUUCUCUUUCACUCUCCAUCUUUUUCAUUCUUAUAUUCACCCAGACACAUACUCCCCUCUCUCGCUCUCACUCUUUUUAUUCUUCCUUCCUCACUUUUUUCUUUCUGCUUUUAUCCCCCACUUUUCUCACUCUCUCCUGCUUUUAUCAUUCCUUCUCCUUCUCUUGCAUUUUCUUUCUUACUCUCACAUUUACACUCUCUGUCUCUCCUCUUUUUUGUUUCUUUUUUUUUCACAAUAUCUCUCUUUUCUCAGCCACAGUCCUUUUUCUUAUUUUUUUCCUCCCUCCUCUUCUUGCAAUCUCUCUUUCUCUUUUCAUAUAGUCUCUCUCUGCUUUCAUUCUUUCUCCUAUUUUAUUUUCUAUCUCCGCUUUUCUCUUGUAGUUUCUCUCUCACUUUCCCUCUUAUUCUCUCUCUCACACACACAUACUCUCUCUCUCACCUUUAUUUCAGUCUCUCUUGCUAUCCCAUCUUUACUCUCUCUUUUUUCCAUCAUUUUCUUAUUAUCACUCCCUCUUUGUCAUUCUCACUCCUUCUCUUGCACCUUCUUUCUCAUUCCUGAACAUAUACUCUCUCUUUUCUCUCCUCUUUUUCUUUUUCGAAUUUUCUCUCUUUUCUCUCUCUCUAUUUUUCCUUAUUCUAUUUCUUCUUUUUCUCUCUUACUCUUCUCAUGA